AUGUUCACUCAGACCCCAGUUGGGGGAAGAAGAGUUCGUAAUCAACGUCAAUGGUCUAAGGUUAUUACUGGAGAUCGUCCCGCUGCACCAUUGCCCUCAUCAGGAGCUUCCCCAUCAUUUUCAUAUGGUUCUCCAUCAAUUAAUCCUCCAGAUAUUCCAUCACUUCAUGAUACAACUGUUGGCCUUGCGUCUGCACUUAGAGCUGCACAAAAAAAUACUCAAAGGAAGGAUUAUAUAAAUGAAAAUAUUACACCUUUAAAACAACCUAAAUUUUUAAAACAAGAACUUUCAAAUACUAGUCCCCUAUAUUCUCCAAAUCCAAGAAAUAUAGAACGUAAAAAAGGAUCUCAACGAGUUUUGAAAAAAAUGGAUGAGAAUUUAGAUUCUUCAGAUAAUCACUUUCAAAAUGAUCAGUUGAAUAUGAAAACUUCCGGAAAUAAUUUUAAGAAAAAUACUGAUCAAGAUCAAAAUAUCAAACAAAAUGAAAAAGUAUCUCGUUAUUAUUUAAGAGAACAUGAUAGUGUAGAUGGUGGUUCACGAUUGUCAUUAAAUUAUGAUGCAACAAAUAAUUCAGAAAAUCUAGAAAACUUUGAAUCUCGAUCAUAUGAAGAAGAAGAACUUUUAUACAGCCAAUUAAAUGAAACGGAUUUUAAAGACUUUUUUGAUAAUUAUGAUUCUAGUAUUCCAGAGGAUUAUAUAAAUACAGAUAGUCAAGAAUACCUUGAUGAUGAUUAUGAAAAGCAAGCAAACAAAAUAUUAAAUUUUAUUCACUUUUGCUGGUUUAUGAUUACAUCUCUUUCUAGGCAAUUCAUCUUCUAUUGUUUUAAUUUACUUAUGUGGCCAAUUACUACUCUUAUUUCUUUAUUUUCUCAUAUAAUCAAAUCAAUUUUAAAGAUUACUAUUCGAAAAGUAUAUACCAUAUUUAUUAUUCUUUCUAUAAUAUUCGCUAUCACUAUUCCAAGUUUGUUGGAGAAAAAUUAUAUAAAAUUGAAAUGGAUUUAUAGACCUUAUUCACUAUCAAUAUAUAAUCAUUCAAAUCCUCAAAAUAUGGAUGAAUUGAUACAGCGCUUAGUAAAUUUAGAGAAAACUUUAAAGAGUUAUGAGAUAACAAUUCAAAAUAUAAUCCAGGAUAAAAAAAAUAUAUUAAAAGCGAUAAAAGAAAUAGAUAUUAAAGGACAUGAAAAUUCAGAAACAACAAAGUUAUUAAAGAAAGAGUUUAAUGUAUUUAAAAAUUCGUUUGAAAAAACUAAGAAAGAAAUAUUAAACCUAAAUCUACAAGAUGAUAGAAAAAAGUCGCAAAUUACUGACCUUUUUCAUUCUUUUUCUUUUUUACAGAAAAAUACUUCGAAAUGUCAAAGUCAAUUUAAUGAUUGUAAAAAUUCAUUAGCAUCUUUUAAUUUAGAAGUUUCUGCUAUUAAGAAAUCAGUUGAUUGUCUUUAUAAGGAGUUUAAUAAUUUUCAAAUGACUUUUAAAAAUGAUUCAGAUGAUAAAUAUAUUACGGACAAAAUUAUUAAAGUAAUUGAUUCUUAUCUUCCGCCACAACUUGUUGUAAAAAUAAAUCCCAAAACCAAAAAAAUAGAUAUUAGUCCUGAAUUUUGGAUUCUUCUUCGAGAAAUUUUUCCUGAUCGUUUAGAAAUAGAUGGUGUUUUGAAAGCAUCAUUUGGAAAGGAGCUAAAUAGAGAUGAAAAUGCUUCGUAUUUAAUUUCAUGGACAAAUUUCCUUAAAAAUAAUGAAGAAAAUAUGAAAACCUUUAUUAAAACUCAAACUAAAGAAGAUUUAAAAAAGAGUGAAGAAAACGGAUUAAUUGUAUCUAAAACAUACUUCAUGACUACGCUUAAAGAGAACCUAAAAAAAAUUCAAAAUGAUUUAGAAAAUGAUUUCACGAAAAUGAAAGAACAAAUUAAUGAUCGCUUCAAAAAAAUAGAUUAUAUGUUUAAAAAUAAGACAGAAACUGAUCAUUUGAAAUAUUCGAAGAAUGAAAAUGCUUUCAACAAAGCAAUUGAAACUUUGGUCAAGGCUGCUCUUCAUAAAUAUUCUUCUGACGUAUUAGCUCGGCCUGAUUUUGCUCUUUACUCUUCCGGUGCAAGAAUUAAUCCUUUUCUUACAUCACCGACAUAUCUACAAAGACCUACUAGGUUUAUUCCAAGACUUUUAUCUAAAAUAUUUUGGAAUAUUGGCUGUACUUGGGGUUAUCCACCUGCAAUGGCUAUUAAUCAUGAAAACACUGUAGGAAUGUGCUGGGCAUUUCCUGGUUCUUCUGGACAAAUUUCUAUUCGUUUAAGUGAAACUAUUUUUUUAACUGACAUAACAAUUGAACAUGUUCAUUCUGAUAUUGCUCACGAUAUUUCUACUGCUCCUCGUGAUAUUCAAUUUUGGGCUCAUAUUGAUCAUCCUGAUUUACAAGAACUAGUAAUUCAACAUACUUCACCUCAGUCACUGAAUUCUAUUCCACCAUCAAAAUCAUAUUUUUUGAUUGCAACUAUGACUUAUAAUAUUUUUUCUACCUAUUCUAUCCAAACUUUUCCUAUCCCUACUGUUAUUCAACAAUUAAAUAUUCCUGUGAAAAAUGUCCUCUUUCGAAUUCUUAGUAAUUGGGGAAAUGAUAAGUUUACUUGUCUUUAUCGUAUUCGUGUUCAUGGAACAAAACUUACACUUAAUCAAACAACCACAUCUAAUCAAAACAAAUAA